AUGGAGCAGAACGCAGCCAUUACGUUGGCACCAGCACCCUGGCGCUGCCGCGCGUCCGUCUACACAGCCUUCUUCUGGGUCUCACGCUCCCAAACCACCUCCCCCGGUUUCAAGGAAGCAGCCUACGCCCCACUGGAGCGGUCGUCGCCCUUCGCAGACGCGAUGCCCGAGGGCGGCCUCGCCUCAAUCAUGAUUAUCAGAUACCACCAGACGCCGGUGGGGACGUACGACGAGAUGAUACUUCUCCCCGGCAAGUUUGGGUACGAGGUUGACGUCAAUGGCAAGAGAACCAAGAAAUCCAAACUGCGAAUCACGAGAAUCUACGUCAGUCAGCGCAACACGACGUGGAACGGCCGGACGAAUUGGAACAUCCCCAAACACCUCGCCCGCUUCGACUUUACCGAAAACGCCGACGGCAGCGCCGACUGCAAAGUCUAUCCCCUCGCCGAGCCCUCCCUCACCCCAGUAUUCCAAGCACGUUUCGUACCGAACCACUACCUCCCAACCUUUCCACUAAGCACCCGCGUAUCUACCAUGGUCAUGGACAUGGAGGCCACGCAACCCCCCAUCCCGGCAGGCGCGAGUGAAUCUACACCCGAAAUGCUCGCGGCGGCCAGAGAACAAGGCGGCGACGAUACUUCCGAGUUGGUAGGCACAGACAAGUGGUGCAGCUUCACGCCGUACCAGUACUCGCCCGGGUGUCGGGCGGGGUGGAUGGACAUGCAGCAGGCGGAUGGGGGAAACUUCAUUCCUGGAGCUAGCAGGUGGGCGAUGGCUGUUCACAUGCCUCAGACGGAAUUAAAGCUUGGUGAGGCGGUUUGGUGGGACGCGCCGCAGAGUAUGUUGUAG